AUGACUGUAUAUGCGCGCACUUUACACAGACAGACACGGACAUGAAACAUCGCCCUGCAUGACACAGUUCACAAAUUACUGGUUCUCGACGGCGGCAGACAUGUUCCGUCUCAUCUUCAUAGUUCUCCUUGCUGCAGAGAUCUACAAAGAUGCAGAUGGGUCGAUUCUACGUAAGAUCCAAGACAUAGAAGGCCGUGCCAUCGAUCUUCCAUUCCAACAUCUCCUAAGAUGUAACAGUCCGGUAGAAGUAUGCCAUCUCCCAUUGGAUGAUAAUGGACUCGCCUUUGAGAAUGCCGGCGCGUGUUGGAGUCCCGGGUGUCAGCGUCUUUCGUUCUGUCCAAGACAGUCUGAUUUCACUGUAUCAGAUGAGUACACAGAACGGCUGACCUUUAAUGGAGACGGGGACGGCUUGUCAUCCCACAGGCUGUCUAACAUCAGCAAGGCUGACGCAGGAAUCUACCAGAUGUGUUACAAAACUGGAUAUCCAGAAACUGCCAUGCUGAUUGUACAAGAGCAGCCUACGAGGCCGUACAUAACCACACCACCUGCCCCGAUUCUGUACACAGAGUACACCCUCACCUGUGUAACAAGGUCUCAGUCGCUCCCCGUCAACCAUGGACUUCCAAUGACGUAUUUCUGGGUAAAAAACGGAGAGACUGUCAAUCCGGAUAAAGGGAUCAAGCUGACCGGGCCGAACCUGACAAUUACCAACCUAAGCAUGAUGUAUGACGGGAAGGUGUUUCGAUGUAGUGUGAUGGAGGAAGGGGGUCGCGGGACCGCAGAGAGCCGAGUUUCACCGAUAUUUAUUGAAUAUGGCCCGAUGAAGUUUCAGUCGACUGUGUCGGAGGACGACAACAAGCUUGUCACGCUGACGUGUUCAGCUGACUGCCGCCCGAAUUGUACUCUCACCUUCACCAAAAAUAACGUGACGCUGAAAUCGACAAGUUACGUGAAUUACAUCACACACGUCGUGGACAGCCGCCUUACGGUGGUCGGCGACAGUUUCACCUGCAUCGCCAGCAACAUCCAUGACUCCGUAUCCAAGGUCCACAAGUUUUAUAAUAAUCAAGUAAUACCAGACAUAACAAGAUUGACAGCCAAUAGGCGUGAGACUGACAGAAUGCACAUCAAGGCGAAACAAACCCUCGAUCUGAUGUGUAUUGUGAUUGGUCGACCUGAACCAACCAUCACGUGGUACAUCAACAAGGAAGAGGAUAGCCGGUCAAGGACGAUGCUGAAGAAAUCAACAUUUGAACCCGCCUACAUUGCUAACGCUGACUUCAACGUGCACAACUACAAGAGUUCGUACAACGUUCCGAGCGUGGAGGCACAACAUCAUGGAAGGUACUGCUGCAGUGCGCACAACGCCUUGCCUAACUCCAUCAGGGAGGCGUGUGUCACUGUCGUAGUUGAGAGUUUGCCGACAGUGGUUGCCGCCCCUGAUGACGUGUAUUCUGAAGUUGGCAACGCCGUCACAGUGACGUUCUCUGUGCUUUCCCACGAAGCACUCAGCGUGGACUGUAGACGUGGGAACAACACCUGCAACGUCAACAUCACCGUCUACAACAACACCUUCGACACAAAUCUGUAUCAAAUCACUCUGGAUACAAUGCUUGAAAAUGACGAUGAUUUUGGCACAUACAUCCUUCACCUUCAAAACGGAGAAGGUUCAAGCGAGUUAACUCUACAUAUAGUAGAAGGAGCCAAGUCCGAUGCAUCACAUGGACGUCCAUCAGUGGUGCCUAUUGUUUCGGGAGUCAUCGCCAUGAUCGUCGUCCUCGGGUGUGUCGCCAUGGUAACCAUCCUGUACAGGAGAGGAAGGCCGAAGCCAGGCCAACUGGAAGCUAGAAACCAUAACAUCUACAAGACCAUCAUCGGCCUGGUCACGCCAAAACGUGACAAGACAGGGACAGAGUCUGUGUUGGAGAGGUCAGAGAGUGAUAAGGAAGGUCAAGGAAGCGAGGGAAACGCUGAACAAGACGAGGAUGGGCUAGAGUCAGUGGAGAAGAGGGCAGCACUUCGCAGGAAAGGUCAAGAGAGACGAAUGGGGGAGUACCUGAUGGAUGGCACAGGGUGCAGUGAGGCUUAAUGUUUGAAACCAACACUGACAAAAUACGAGUGGACUUCACACUGAAACGACCUGAGUACUCAGAGAGACCAUCGUUGUGUUUGGUGUGAGAUAUUGUGAGAGAGAUCUGUUGUGUUUGGUGUGAGAUAUUGUGAGAGAGAUCUGUUGUGUUUGGUGUGAGAUAUUGUGAGAGAGAUCUGUUGUGUUUCAUGUGAGGACAUUGUCA